AUGGAUGCAAUAGAUGCAAAUGAAUACUUGAUACAAUUUUUGGGAAGCAUUGAUAAUCUUCCAUCUGAAAUACGUCAUCAUUUUAGUGAAAUAUCAAAUAGAGAACAAGAAAUUGAUGAUUUAUUGAAAGGGAUUGAACGUCGUAAAAAAAGAUUAUGGUGUUUAUAUGACGGAGGAUCAUUUGAUAGUGAUUGUUCUGUAGUUGAAAAAAUAAAUUCAAAAAAGAAAAAACAUCAAGUUGUUAAAGUUAUAACAGAGUUUGAAGACGAAGAAAUGUUAAAAGAAAAGGUUAUGAAUGAUUACAUAAGAGUAUCACAAUUGCAAGAUGAAAAAAUUGAAAUUACAGAUAAAGCUUUGGCAUUAGUUGAAAGAUAUAUUAAACAUUUUGAUGAAGAUCUUGAUAGCUUAUUUCCUCAACAUAAUCUUCGUGAUUGUUUAUCAAAUUUUGAAUCAACAUUUGAAUCAUUAAACACAUCUCCUCAAAAUGUAAAUAUAAUAUCAUUGUCAUCUCAAGUAGAUAACAAAACAAUUGUUCAGCCAUCAAAUACAAGUAUAAAAUCAACAACAUCAACAAUUGCUUCUUUUCCUACAACAUCAUUUUUGUCAUCAUCAAUAUCUAGACACUCUAACAUUAAUACUUAUGACUAUAAUAAUGGAAUAUAUUAUCCUUCCAUGAAAUCAGAAGAAGGAGAAUUUUCAUUACCAUUAUUACCAAAUCCCUCUAGCUCUACAGCACAAAUUGGCAGAGGGUUAAAUCGAAGGAAUUUGUCUAUGUCACCUAAUCAACCAUUACCACGACGUAGAAGGCAAAUCAAUAAUAACCAAGAUACCAUCUCAAUCUAUACAAAUAACAUUAACUCAAUCACCACUUCUACAACUAAUACAACUACUUCCAUGAAUUCCCCCAUUACUGCUGCUUCUUCUUCUUCCACUUUCAACACCACUAUUAAUGAUUAUAACAAUAAUAACAGCUUUCCACAAUUUAUUAAAAUACAAUGUUCUGAUGGUGAUAAAAAUCAUUUUCAUCAUUUAAAUUCAACAGGAUCAUCUUCAAUGAUUUCUCCUGAUAGAAACAUUAAUCUUAAUAGUCUCAACCCCAAUUCCAAUAUUAAUAAUAGUAAUAUUUUUAAUAUCAUCAAUAACAAUAAUUUAAAUUUACAAACAUAUGAUUCUUCGUUUAUUUCUGAUGGCAACACAUUUUCAUCAAAUUAUAUACAAACUGUUGACCCUAAUGAACCUGUAUAUUGUAUUUGUCGACAAGUUAGCUUUGGUGAAAUGAUUGGAUGUGAUGGUGAAAAUUGUCCUAUUGAAUGGUUUCAUUUGGAUUGUGUUGAUCUUAAAGCAGUACCAGAAGGAAGAUGGUAUUGCGAACAUUGUAUGAGUACAAUGAAUCAAGUAAAAAAACGAAAAAGAGGUCGACCUAUUGGAUCAUGA